CAUAUUCAUUAUUUUUCAUUACCCUUAUAUCUUAACAUAAAAGAUGGCUUCUGCAGUUGAACAAUUCAAAAUUCAUUUUCUUUCUGGAGCUACCGGACUCUCACUUUCAUAUGCUUGUAUGCAUCCGAUCGACACAAUUAAAACACGUAUCCAAGCAGAUCCUAGCGGUAACUGGCGACAAGUGGUAUUUUCCAAAUCAACACUUCACAGCCUCGGCAAAGGAUUCUUUGUAUCCGCUCUUGGUGCUGCUGGACAAGGCGGUGCUCGAUUUAGUACUUACGAAUUCUGCAAGUCAAAAAUGUUGCCCAAAGAAAAGAAUGCCUUGACAAUUCCAGUCACAGCUCUGUCUGCAGUACUCGGGGAUUUAGCAUCUAGUGUAAUUAAGGUGCCUAGAGAAGUGAUUACAGCAAAACUUCAAAUCGAUCACUACAAAGCCAAUGCACAAGGUAUUCAACCCAACGCUGCCUAUGUAAUUCGACAAACUUUAAUCGAGGAAGGACCCAAAGGUUUAUUUAGAGGAUUUUGGGCUAUUGCAGCAAGAGAUUCACCCUUCAUGGUGAUCCUCCUUGUGUCUUACGAAAAUUUCAAAGCAUUCCAUCAUCGCUCUGUGCGAGAAGCCCUUGAAAAGACGAGAGAAUACCGUAUGAAGCAGCACGGUGUGGUGGCAGGAGCAGCAUUUGAAGAACUUGAGGCGGAUAUUCCAACCAUGCGUAGUAUUUUGUAUGGUGGUAUUAGUGGUUCCCUUGCAGGUUAUUUUACAACCCCUAUGGAUGUACUUCGUACACGAGUGAUUGCACAAAAGGCUACAUCUAAUGCCAUGAGUGUGAUGGAUAUGUCAAAAUAUAUGGUCGCUAAAGCAUGGUCUGAACCUAACGCUAGUUCCUUCAAGAAAUCCAUCAAUACCUGCAACGCCUUCUUCGUAGGAGCAGUGCCCCGAAGUGUCUGGUGGUUUGGUAUCUGCGGCAUCUUUUUCCCCACUUAUGAAACCUUGAAAUCUCUGAUGAAUAACUAGACAUGUUUUUUUUUAUACCGCUGUUUUUAUUUAUUUAUUUGCAUACCCUACAUAAAUAGAUCUCCCCGUACAUAACACCACAAUUUACACAUAAACAACAUCCUCAUUUGUACCAAGCACCUCAAAAAUAAAAUAAAAAUAGUGACAUACAAUGCUAUUUUGCAUUGAAAGCUUUUUUUAAUGCCAAAUAAUAUAAUGUCCCUCAAAUAAGCACUCACACAACGAAAUCAAAUACUUUUGAGUUUAUUGCAGC